GCUGUACGCAGGCGCACGUAGUAGCAACUGCCUGACGAGCAUUUAACAUUAGACUAAAACUUUUUACUAGAAAGCCAAUCAUUUCAAACGUUAUAAAUAUUUUCUCAGCAUGGGACUUACUAUUUCUUCGCUCUUUAGCAGACUCUUUGGGAAGAAACAGAUGAGAAUACUUAUGGUGGGUCUGGACGCUGCAGGUAAAACCACAAUAUUGUAUAAACUAAAACUUGGAGAAAUCGUGACUACCAUUCCAACUAUCGGGUUUAAUGUGGAGACUGUUGAAUAUAAAAACAUUUGUUUUACUGUUUGGGAUGUUGGUGGCCAGGAUAAGAUUCGUCCACUCUGGAGACACUACUUUCAGAAUACUCAGGGUCUCAUCUUUGUGGUAGACAGCAAUGAUAGAGAAAGAAUAGCUGAGUCUGCAGAAGAGCUUUCUAAAAUGUUACAGGAAGAUGAGCUGAGGGAUGCUGUGCUGCUUGUGUUCUCAAACAAACAGGAUCUACCUAAUGCCAUGGCAGUUAGUGAGCUCACAGACAAACUGGGCCUGCAGAGUCUACGCAGCAGAACGUGGUAUGUUCAAGCAACCUGUGCUACACAAGGCACUGGGCUCUAUGAAGGACUUGAUUGGUUGUCCAAUGAGCUGUCCAAACGCUAGUGCUUGUGGUCUUGGGGGUUGGGGGGAGUGAAUGAGCGAGUGAGGGAGGGCAGGUGGGAUGUAGGGUGAGUGUGUCAACAAGUGAUGCAUCUAUAGACACUGUUCUGAAGAAACAAUGUGUGUGAUGGGUCUGAAAACUGAGGAGGAGCUAGUUCCAUGAGUUCACCUCCCAUCACGUUUUAGCUUUCCUCUUAUACUCUUAUUCUUUUCCCACUUUAUUUUUAUUUCAAAUUUCUAAUUACAUAUUGCUGAGAUAGAUGGGUGUUAUGUGGGCCAUGAUUUGCUAUGGCCUUUUCAGUCUUUAGAAAUACUUUCAGCAAAAACAAGAACAAAACCAUACCAAAUCAGGGUUUGAGUUUGAGUUUUGAAUUUGUACAGAUUGUACUAAAUAUAUUUGCUGAUACACAUGACAUUCAUUUGUGGGAAUCACCGCAGAGCAGGUAAUUCCAUAUUCAGUGUUCAGUGGCUGAGAGACCUACAGGCAUUUAAGUAGUUAUGCUCAUUACAUGGUACAGGCGGUUAAACAGACUUUAGGUCAAGCCCAGUAUUUUUCACAGUCCUGUUCUUUUGCCUCCUUUUCAUAGAUUAGUACUGCUUUUGUCAUAUGUUGAAUGCAGUGUAAUAAGAGCUGAACAAGGUUACUUUGAGAAGGGGAGUAAGGAAACCAUCCAGUGCUUUAGAACUGGAAAUUGUCCAAAACUGAUCUAAAGUGCAUUUAUUAUAACUAAAGGUGUCACUAGUGUCAGCAUUUAUGAAAGAGCAGGCAUGAUGUAUUAAGUAAGAUUUUUCCACUGUAGUAGUCUGAAGACUUGCACAAGAAAUGUAGGUUAAAUCAAAUCUUUUACACACACUCAACAUUCCUACAUCAGCCAAUGCAUGCUCAUUUGGCUUACACAUCGAACAAUUAGUUUUAAAAGGAACUCCAAUAAAGAGUAAAUUGCUGCUCCAAGCCAAAGUAUAUGCCUCAAUGUUAAUAGAACUGGGUAAUCAUACAGAUGUGAUAAUUUUUAGAAAUUAGAAUAAGAUGCCUUUGGGACAUUUCUUAUUCUACAUUUCAGUGUAGUUAUGUGAGAUUAUAGUUUAAUUUUAAAUUUUUUUUUUCUUCAUUUUUUGUUAGUAGCAGUUUAGGUUAGUAGCAGGUUUGUGUGUUGGUCAGUCCUGUGGCUGAUAAAUGUGUCUGCUGGCAGUAUUUUCAUGCUAGUACCUGGAGUGCUGCUGGAGUUUUCAAAUGAACGGAAACUUUGACUGAAGCUUUUUUUUUUUUUUUUUUUUUUUUAAAGAAAUUCAAUUACAGUGUGCUGAACUAGGGGUGUUAACCAGAUACAUUGGACCCAAUAAUCAAGGUGAUGUUUGUGUACUUUAUGUAUGAUAUUGUUUCAGAAUAAAAGCAUAUUAAACAAUA